CAAACGGAAUGCUAGUUUUUCAAAAUAUUCUUAUUAAUUUUCUUAUUUAAAAUUAAGGAGACAAUGUAAUUGCUAUUUUAAUUAUGACUCAUUUAAAUAUCGAAAAGAUAUCAUUAGCAAGUAGAGAUAGAAUUAAGGAGGAGCAAAAGAAGAAUAGCAGGAAAAGAACUCUUCUAAUUUUAAUUCAUGAUUAUUUAGAAAAUAAUGGGUUUUUGCAAGCAGCUGAUGCUCUGAGAAAUGAAUCAAGCUCAUCAUUCCUCGAAUAUACUGUGUGUGAUAACAUUAACUUAGAUAUUAUGUUACAAGAUUUUGAAUCAUAUUACUUUUUAAAAUAUCAAAAGUUACCUUGCCUUAUUAAAAAAAUGCCUGAAAACAAAUUUAUACAGCAAAAAUCUAGGUUGAGAAAAUCAAAAUCUGCAAUGUCUGCUAGAGAGCCCAUUGACGAAUUUGGUGAUUCAAAUAAUAUAAUUAAUAAAGUACAUAAUUCUUUGCUUAAUAUAAAUAAUGAAAUAUCUGAAUAUCAAACUAAAUCAUUGGACUUUUCAGAAUCAUUUGAAAAUCGUAGUCCAGAAUGGAAAGCUAUGGCUAAUCUCAUAAUGCAAGAUUUCAAUAAAAUUAACAAAUCACUUUCAUGGUCUGAUGUUGUAGGGCAUGAACAGGCAAAGCAACUUUUAAAAGAAGCUGCAGUUUAUCCUUUAAAAUAUCAGCAACUUUUCUCACCAGCUUUGUCAACAUGGAAAAGUAUACUUUUAUAUGGUCCAUCUGGUACAGGUAAAACUCUUCUUUCAAGUGUUGCUGCAAUAUCAAGUAAUGCAGCAUUUUUUAACAUUAACAUUUCUACAUUAGUCAGCAAAUGGCGUGGUGAAUCGGAGAAAUUAGUAAAAGUAUUAUUUGAUUUAGCUAAAUUUUAUGCUCCAUCUGUAAUUUUUAUUGAUGAAGUUGACUCCCUGAUGAGUCAUAGAGGCUGUGAUCAUGAAGCUAGUCGUCGAAUGAAAACUGAAUUUUUUCUGCAAAUGGAUGCUUUAACAAGCAGCAAUAAGUUUGUUUUAUUUCUCGGUGCUACAAAUAUGCCUUGGGAGCUAGACACUGCAAUUUUACGAAGAAUGGAAAAACGUAUAUUUAUUUCUUUACCUGAUACAAUAAGCAGAUACUGUCUUUUUGAAAAAUUUCUUUCUUCCUUUCAGAUAGCUGAUAAUGUUAAAUUAAAGUUAAAUUUAGAUUAUGGUGAAUUAGCAAAAGCUACAGAAAAUUAUUCAGCAUCUGAUAUUGAGCUCGUAUGCAAAGAAGUUAAGAUGAAUUGUAUUCGUGAGAUUAUUCAGAAGUUAGAAAAUUAUAAUGAAAAUAAAAAUGCAAAAGCAAUGAAAUGUGUAGAAAGUUUAGAAAUGUGUGAUGUGUUAUCAGCCAUUAACAGAAUUAAACCAGCUUCUACAGAUUUACUUUUAAAAUAUGUGGACUGGAAAGAAAAACAUGGAUCAGAAUAGUAGUUUUUGUGGAUGUUUACUUGUCAAUCUAUUUAAUGACUCUGGUAUCAAAUAAAUUUCCAAUGUAUCUUAUAGAAAUGCACCAGUAUUUAAUAUGGAUGAAAAAUGGCAUUGUCUUUCGCAUUUAUAAUUAAGGAAGAUAAAUGUUUAUAUACUUUUAAUUUAUAAUAACCAUGUGAUUGAAAUUUUGUAGCAGAUAAAAUAAGUUAUAAAAUAAAAUAGAACUUUAAAAUAUUUAUUACUUUUUAUCAAAUAAGCAAGAGAGGCGACUAUAAUCUUAUAAGAAUCACUUGUAGGUUACUAAAUCUUGAUUUCUGGUUAGCUGUCAGGUGAUCAAUUUAUUAGAUUUUGAGUGUCAAUUUAUAAAAUUCAAGUUUUGAUUCAUUAUUAAGCCUAUAUUCAUACAUUUUUCAAUAGCUUCCAUAGUUCAUUUAGAAGAGUAAAGGUAUAUGGUUUUUAAAAUGUAAUCUUUAUCAGAUUGAGAAUAAAAAAUGAUUAAGGUCAAAUGUAUUAUUAGUUAUGAAAAUGGUUGCAUACUGAAACAGGAUUCAAAGCAAUUUCUGUCAGGUUCAGAAAUAUUACAUUUUAACUGCUCUUUUUUUUAGUGAAAUUUGAUAUUUAAUAAAAAUAAUAAUAGUGAUGUAAUACUUUGAUAUAUAAAUCUUUUAAAUAUAUUAAUCAG